AUGAGGCGCUGGAAUCUGCUGCACUUGCUGCAGGGGCAGCAGCUGAGGAGAAGAACAGCAGCAAGCCCUCCGCCACUCGGGCUAUAUGUGCAGCUGCGCUGCUGCUCUGCCCUUGGGCUGGCCCCGAGCAGCAGCAGCAGCAGCAGCAGCAGCAGCAGCAGCAGCGGUACGAGCAGCAGCAGCAACAGCAACAGCAGCAGAAACAAUGGCUACGGCAGCGUGGAGCAUAGCAGCACUGCCAGCAGCAGUGUCUACAGUAUCAAUGGCAGGAGCACCAGCAACUGCAGCAGCAGCAACUACAGCAGCAGCAGCAGCAACAGCAGCAGCAGCAGGAGAAACACAGCGCAGCAGCAAAGUGCAGGCAGCAGCCAGGGAGACCUGAAGCUCAUAUGUCGGGCUGCCCAGGACUGCGACAUACAUGCGCUGCUGCUGCAGCUGCAGCGGCGCUCACUGCAGCAGCAGCAGCAGCAGCAGCAGCAGCAGCAAGAGCUUCGUGUUGACGCUGCUGCUCCACAAUGGUCUGAUGAGACGCAGCUGCAGCAGCAGAGUGAAGCAGCUGCAACAAGUGGAAGGGCAGCAGCAGCAAACGGGUCACCAGCCGCUGCUGACGCCCCUGCUGCUGCUGCUGCUGCUGCUGCUGCUGAGAGUGGCAGCAAAUCAGAACUCGUUAGCCGUGCGAUAUCUCGCGUGCUGCGGCGCAGCAGUGCAGCAACAGCAGCAGCAGCAGCAGCAGCAGAGAUUGCAUUCCUGCUUGGCUGCUAUGGACGCCCUUGCUGCAGAGAUGCGUGGAUGCUGCUGCAGCAGCAGGCGCUGCUGCUGCUGCAGCAGGGAGACUUUUGCAGUGCAGCAAAAAUCUGCCACGGCUAUUUGAACUUGGUCUUCGUACACCGCAAGCCCCCUACUGCAGCAGCAGCAGGUGCUGCAGCAGCAGGUGCUGCAGCAGCAAGUGCUGCAGCAGCAGGUGCUGCAGCAGCAGGCGCUGCAGCAGCAGGUGCUGCAGCAUCAAGUCGUGCAGCAGCAGGUGCUGCACCAAGUGCUGCAGCAGCAGGUGCUGCAGCAGCAGGUGAUGCUACACCAGAAAGCCCUGAACGGAAGCUACACUGGGGAGCAGACGAAGAGGAAGCAGCAGCAGCAGCAGCAGCAGCAGCAGCAGCGGCAGCAGCAAACGAUCUGUCGCUGCGCCCUCCCUUAGCAGCAGCAGCAGCAGCAGCAGCCCCGCAGGGUGACCAGCAGCAGGCUGCAGCUGCACUGUUUCUGCAGCUGCAGCAGCACGUAAGGCAAAAGGCGGCGGUCACUGCAGCAGCAGAGACAGCAGCAGCAGCAACUGCCUCUCCAGCAGCAGCAGCAGCAGCAGCAGCAGCAGCAGCUUCGGAACAUGCAGCAGGAGCACCCGCAGUGGCAUCUGCAGCGCUAAAGGCGGCAUUAGAAACAGAAGCGCCAGCAGCAGCAGAAGCAGCAGCAGCAGAAGCAGCAGCUGCAGCAGGCCCAGCAGAAGCAGCAGCUGCAGCAGGCCCAGCAGAAGCAGCAGCUGCAGCAGGCCCAGCAGAAGCAGCAGCUGCAGCAGGCUCAGCAGCAGCUCCAGAUCCAGCAGCAGCGGGAGCAGCGGCAACAGCUGCAGCAGACUCUGCAGCAGCAGCGGAUCCAACAGCAGCGGCAGCAGCUGCACUAGACUCAGCAGCAGCACCAGAUCCAGCAGCAGCAGCAGCACCGGCUGCUGCUGCUGCUGCUGCUGCUGCUGCUGCUGCUGCUCCUCUCACGUGGGACGAAGCUGUUUGGUACUUAAAACUGGUCAGCCGUUUUCGGUGUCUGCAGGACUUCAAAUUGACGCAGCAAAUUUGCUGCUGGCUGACGCAGACAAUGCAUGCGCUGCAGCAGCAGCAGCAGCAGCAGCAGCAGCAGCAGCAGGGUUCGCUGCUGUUGUCUACGGCUCUGCUGCAUCCUCGGCGGCACGUGGUGCUGCCACUGGUGAGCCCGCAACAGCAGCAGCAGCAGCUGCUGCUGCUGUUGCAGCAGCGGCAGUUUGAGGCUCCGGAGCAGGCGCAGCAGCUGGCCCAGCAGCAGCAGCAGCAGCAGCAGCAGCUGCAGCUGCAGCUGCUGCCACAGCAGCAGCAAAAGGUCGCGCUGGACGCAGCAGCACUUAUUCGGUGUCUCUCUGAAUGCCUUCACGUUGACCCCCCGCUGCUGUCUGCUGCUAGUUUGCUGCUGCAGCAGUGGGCCCCGUUGCUGCCUGCUGCUGCUUGCUGCAGCAGCCUCUACCACCUUGCGCUGCUGGGGCACAGCGAGCCUGCUGCUGCUGCAGCAAUAGCAGCACAUCUCGUCAGCAGCAAGCAGCUUGCUGCUGUUCCCCUGCAGCAAAUGUCUUAUUUGCUGCUCGCGCUGCAGCGGCUGAGGCUUAAAGACGAAGUGCUGCUGGCAGCUUGCUGCAGCAGUCUGCUGCAGCGGGUGGCGCGGCUGCAGCAGCAGCUCCUGCUGCUGCCUCCGCAGCAGCAGCAGCAGCAAAGCCGCCACAUCAUCACUGUAUUCCACUGCCUGACAGUGGGGGGAGCAUGCAACGCUUUGCUGCUGCCGCAGCUGCUUCCGCUGCUGCAGCAAGCAGCAGCAGCAGCAGCAGCAGAAUCUGCUGUUCUGGCUUGGCACGGCGUUGUAGCUAUGGGGGCCUGGGUAGGCCCUUUGAGGGCUAUAGUCAAGCAGCGGGUCCUCACGCAGCUACAGCAGCAGCAGCAGCAGCAGCAGCAGCAGCAGCAGCAGCAGCAGCAGUUGAUGCUGCUGCAGCUGACUGGCUCGGCUUUGCUCAGCGCCUUGACUCUUUGCUACCACCACUUAGGGUUCUAUGACGCGCCGCUGCUGCUGCGAAUUGCUGCAGCGGUAGGCCGUGAGCUGCAGCAGCAGCAGCAGCCGCAGCAGCAGCAGCAGCUGCAGCAGCAGCAGAAGCGUGCAGCCAUUGCUGCUUCAUUUAUCUGGCGGGCCCUCUACGGCAUCCAACAUCUCGCAGUCACACCAAGGGAUUUCCCCAAGCAGCAGCAGCAGCAGCAGCAGCAGCAGCAGCAGCAGCAGCAGUGUUCCUCAACGGACGCAGCAACAGUGACAGCAGCAGCAGCAGCAACAGCAGCAGCUGCAAGAAGCCCUGCAGCGAAAUGUCUGUUUUUGUUUCUCAUAGAGGCAGCAGCUGCCCGUGGGUGCUGCACUCGCCUUGGCUGA